AGACGCGUCACAUUGUUUACCCGGAAAUGAGAGACCGCUACGAAUCUGUUGUCAUAAUAUGUAGUUUACCGUUUUCUGUCCGUUUUUUUUUAAGGAACUCGAUGAUUAUUUAAGGUGUAAACUGAAGAUUAAGUAUUGAGACGGCAUGUACAGCGGACUCCUGCCCAAAGGUAUAACCGAAGACGACCUCAGUCCCGAUGACGAGGAGAAUGAGCAGGAAGAUACAGAGGACAAGAGGGAGAGUGAGAAGCCACAGUCGAGUCACACUGCCAGUGAUGCAGACAAUGAUUCCCCGAUGUGCAGUUUGCCUGGUAUAUCUCAGGAAAUGUGGCAGAAAUUCCAGGAUCUACGGAAGAAGAAAGAUGAGAUCGAGGUGACGAAGGACCCCAGAAGAAGGAAAAGAAGACGCCAUAAGAAAGCACCUGAAAGCAAGGAGCCACCUACAGAGACAAGCAGAGAACAUCAAGAGGAGCAGGAGAAGCCCUGGGAUGAGCUCAAGCAGUAUUUCGGUGUAAAUGAUCGAUUUCAUCCCCCAGCAUGUUCCAAGCCACCUCCGAAGUCCGGCCUAGAAAAGAGCAUAGAGAGGGCCAUAGCUGAAGGGGACAUUGCAAAGGCGGAGGAGAUGAGCGACAGACUCGCCACUCGAGAGAUGGCCGUGAAAAUCACCCAGGCUGCCGAUUGCCGUGACUUCGUGCAACGCAAACAGGAAGAGGAAGCUUUGAGGGCAGCGCAGAAGAGGAAGAACCAAAUACCCUGGGGGUUUGAGGCGAAGAGACGAUGGGAAACCAAAAGCAACAUGGGCUUCAUGUGAAAAAAACAUGAAGGGGAAAAGGAGCAACACCACGAUUUUCUAUUGUUGAUAAAAGUAUUAUUGCACUGAU